AUGGCAGGUAAUGCAGAGUGUGCGGUGAUUGAAGCCGCAAGGCCCAAUCUUGCUAACAUGACUCAGGCUAUUGUGAAGCCUGAGAUUCUAGGGCAUUUUGAACUCAAACAGUACAUGAAGCCACCCCAACAAAUGGAAGAGAGUACAAAUGACUUGCCAAAGAAGUUGUUGCUUGACAAUCAACAGCUCAGGACCGAUUUCAGAAAUCUUGAGAGGCAAAUGGGGCAGUUAGCAACAAAUCAAAAUACUAGACCUGUAGGAGCUCUCCCUAAUGAUAUAGAGAAGAACCCUCAAGUUAAUGCAGUUACACUCAGAAACGGGAAGGAACUAGAGGAAGUGCCAAAUAAGAGAAAAGACAAGCCUAUACCUGAGGGGGAGUUGAUUCCUAAGGCGACACACGAAUCAAAGAAAAAUGAUGCAACUUCAGAGCCAGUGGAGGCUGCAAGGCCACCACCACCUUUCCCCCAGAGAUUGCAGAAAAAGAAUGAUGAUCGCAUGCUCAGCAAAUUUCUCUCUGUGUUGAGCCAGGUUCAAUUAAAUAUUCCACUGGUGGAUGUACUUCGUGAAAUUCCAAAGGUCCAAAACAAGCUCCCUCAAAAGCAUAAGGAUCCUGGCAGUUUUACCAUCCCUGUGCGAAUUGGCAAUAUUGAUGUGGGUCGUGCGCUUUGCGAUUUGGGGGCGAGCAUAAAUCUGAUGCCCUUAUCCUUGUUCAAGAAAUUAGGUCUGGGAGCUCCAAGACCAACUACUGUGAUGUUGCAGCUGGCUGAUAGGUCCAUAGCACAUCAUGAGGGAGUGAUUGAAGAUGUAUUGCUGCAAAUUGGGAAGUUCAUAUUCCCUGCAGACUUCAUUAUACUAGAUUACGAGGCUGAUGAACUGGUUCCAAUCAUAUUGGGACAACCUCUCUUGGCUACUGGUGAUGCAAUUAUUAAAGUGAGAGAGGAAAAAAUGAUUUUGAGGGUGGAUGACGAGGAAGCAGUAUUUAAUGUCUACAAAGCAAUCCAACUUCCCAGCCACUAUGAGGAGCUCUCGAUGAUAUCUGUUGCGGAGGUGGACGAGCAACUUCUUGACACGAGUGUAUAUCUAGACGAUUCUCUAGAGAAAACACUUAUGUUGUUCGAUAGCUUGGAGAUUGAUGAGGAGGUUGAGGAGAUGAUGCAUAUUCUAGAUGCAUCCUGUGCUUACAUGCAGGGGAUACACCCCUUUAAGCCCUUAAAUAGGCCAAGUGGACCUCCUCCAAAGCCGUCAAUUGAGGAAGCUCCAAAAUUGGAGCUCAAACCCUGCCGGAAAGCUAGACGACGCAUUAUGGGCAUAUCGAACUGCAUACAAGACUCCCAUAGGUACUUCUCCGUAUAA